UCCUAGAGUGGAUCACUUGAAUGACUGGCGAAAGUCCAAAGGAGAGAGUGAAAAUGCUAGCUGCUAAUCAGCGAUCGGGACUAGAAAGGAGGGAGGGAAUUGACAAAGGAGGAAACUUAAAAGGCUGGAGAAGGAGGUUCUACUUGUUAGGGCGGAAGGGAGAGUAGGCUAUUAAGGUUAGGAGACAGAUGGCAAACUCCUGGCUUCAGGAAAAAAAAGAUGGAGAUGGGGAGCAAGGAUUCAACUCGGCAUGUAUGGUCUUGAUUAUAUUGGAACAACAGAAUGGGCUGUAACCACAAUGUGCAUCCUAGUGGGAAGAUUACAUUUCCUUAGUCUGCGUAGAGGCCCUGGGUGACAGAGCAGAGCCAAGACAGAAGGACAGGAACCGACACAGCAAAAAUCCCUGAGGGAUCAUCAUUUCCCCUGGAUUCUGGAGCUGAGCUCAAAGCACCAGAUUCAGACCUUUGAUUCUUAUAUCCUGAGCUGGGGCUUGCUGUACAAAGAUUUUUAAAGGAUUGAUUGUCUUGCAAAAGUAGAUCUUGGAGGAAGGUGCAACAAUAUGUGUGUUUCCCUCCUUUCUUUUCUAGAGUUGCUGACUGCAUUAGUCUUUUAAAAGGAAGGCUUGUUCUUUGACAUGGUCUCUGUCUUUUACACCAAUGGGCUAUGCGCCUGCGCAGAGAUCUCGUAGGAUCCUGACAAGCUCAAUUCUCCUGCUUUGGGUGGGAACCCCACCCCCUGCCACUAUAGACGGCUGUGCCACUCUACAUCCCCUCAGUCUUCAUCGUCCGCGCUUCAGUAGACGUCAUGGAAUCUGCAACAUGGCAAUGAAUUCCUAUGACCCGUCCACAGGAGAAGUAUAUUGCAAGGUACCAGACAGUGGAAGAGAAGAGGUAGAGGCCGCUGUCAAAGCUGCCCAAAAUGCUUUCCCAGGAUGGUCCUCCAAAACUCCCCAAGAAAGGUCAAAAAUAAUGAGCAAGCUAGCAGACCUUAUUGAAGAAGAUCUGGAGUCAUUUGCACAAGCAGAAUCAAAAGAUCAAGGGAAAACCAUCACCUUUGCUAGAACAGUGGACAUCCCCCGAGCAGCAUAUAAUUUCCGGUUUUUUUCAUCCUCCAUCCUUCACCAGACAACAGAAUGCACACAGAUGGACCAUAUGGACUGUAUGCAUUAUACAGUGAAAGCACCAGUGGGAAUUGCUGGCUUAAUUAGCCCUUGGAAUUUGCCACUUUAUCUGCUGACCUGGAAAAUUGCUCCAGCAGUUGCAUGUGGAAACACUGUCAUUGCCAAACCCAGUGAAAUGACAUCCGUUACUGCUUGGAUGAUGUGCAAACUUCUAGCCAAAGCAGGGUUUCCUCUAGGUGUGGUGAACAUUAUAUUUGGAAGUGGUCCCAAAGCUGGCGAUGCCCUUGUCUCCCAUCCGGAGGUGUCACUGAUUUCUUUCACUGGAAGUACGCUCACUGGCCAGCGCAUCAUUGAAAGGAGUGCUCCACAUUGCAAGAAGCUCUCAUUGGAACUUGGAGGCAAAAAUCCAGCAAUCAUCUUUGAGGAUGCCAAUUUGGUUGAAUGUAUUCCUGCCACCGUAAGGUCCAGCUUUGCUAAUCAGGGUGAAAUAUGUCUGUGCACUAGCAGAAUCUUUGUUCAGAAGAACAUUUACCAAGAUUUUUUGAGAAGAUUUGUGGAAACUGUCAAAAAGUGGAGGGUUGGAAGUCCCUUGGAUCCCACAGUUGACAUGGGAGCACUGAUAAGUAAAGAACAUUUAGCAAAGGUAAAGAAUUAUGUCAAAAAAGCUCAGGCAGAAGGAGCUCACAUUCUGUGUGGAGAGGGAAUUGAUUCCAUGGCCCUUCCUGCCACAAACCAGAAUGGCUAUUUCAUGCUUCCAACGGUCAUUGCUGGCAUUGGCGAUGACUCAUGCUGCAUGCAGGAGGAGAUCUUUGGUCCUGUAACCUGUGUCACCAUGUUUGAUACAGAAGAGGAAGUGAUCAGGAGAGCCAACGGGGUCAAGUAUGGCCUGGCAGCAACUAUAUGGUCCAGGAAUGUGGCGCGGGUCCAUCGCGUUGCUAAGAAGCUCCAGUCUGGAUUGGUGUGGACGAAUUGCUGGCUUAUCAGAGACUUGAAUCUGCCCUUUGGGGGUAUGAAAGCCUCUGGAAUAGGCAGAGAGGGAGCAAAAGAUUCCCUUGAGUUCUUCACUGAGGUGAAAACAAUUACAAUAAAACACUGAAAUGUAUUGUUGGAUAUACUUAAUGUGAAUAAUAAAUAGGUGUUGUAUGUGCUGCUGAAUGUAUCCGGAAUAUGGCAAGAAGACAUGGCUUCUUUAGAACUGUAUAUUUGGUUGUGGUUUAAGAUCCAUUAUUCCAUUUUCAUGGAUGUUGUCUGGUUGACUGCCUUCCUGUGGAGAAAAAAAAGGAAUGAAUCAGGAGUGUCCAUGCGGGGAGGUGGAAAGAGGGCAGUUGUGUCUCCUGCAGGCCCAGAUUUAUGGGCAGAUUAAUAAGGAGCAGCAGAAGCUUUUAUUUAUUUGCAUAUACUUCCCCUCACCCCAAUAAAAAUUCCUACAGUCACCCAUGGAGGGCAUGGUAACUGGUAUCCAAUGGCUUGCAGCUAGCAAGGGUGGCUCCUAUGUCUGAGUGGAGAUAGCAGAAUGUGUCUGUAGGCAAAUGCUUCUGCCUGUGUGCCCUUGUCCCCACUCCAGUCCUGUUAAGUGUGCAUUCACCAAGGUCUGCUCCUUGAACCAAUUGUCUGAAGGCAAGAAUGGGAGGGAAGUAAUGUGUAGUGUAUGCACACACAACCAAAACCAACAACUCAGAGACCAGUUGUACUUCAAAUGGGAUGGGACAGCAUCUUAACAUAAGCCAGAUUUGAUUGAUGGUUGUACAAGACUGGUUUUCUUUCAUAUGCCAGUUAAAAGUUGGAUCUUAAUACCAAAGAGAUCCAAAUGAAGAUUCUAGCUCUAGGCUUUCCAGUAUGACCUUGGACACGCUAUGUGGGGCUGCCUUUGUAUGCAGUCCAGAAUCUGCAACUGGUGCAAAAUGCACCAGCCAGGUUGGUCUCUAGGUCAGUCAGUCAAUCUUUAUUAUGCAGAGGCGUAUCUAGGGAAAAUAGCGCCUAGGGCAAGCACUACUUAUACUUUACCAUAAUAUCAGCUGAAAAAUAUAAGUCAAGCUCGUUCAUCUUUUAAUAUUUCAAAAACUGUUUAGCAGUGGAUGUAGCCUGACCAAAAAAUGCUGGAAAACUACAAAUUUCAGUAUGCUGGGGCUCAUGAAAUACCCAAAUACUAUGUGGAGGUGUACUUGGAAAACUAAACAGAUGUGCCUAUUUAAUUCUCUACUAUGCAUUGUAGCAUCACUAUUACAUAAGUUUUAAAAAUAAAUGGAGAAUUUGACUUUUCCUAGAUACUCUGAAGAUAAUUAAAGGAUAUGCAGAGUAAACUGUG